GUCCCUUGCUGUCUUCCCGUGUCCCCGUGCGCCAGCCAGAAUCUGAGAUGACAGAUGCCACUGUGAACCCCCGCUCAUUUUUUCUUAGGAAUCCCGGUGAAAAUACAUUUGAACUGAUUCCCCUGGGGGAUGAGGAGGAGAAAAAUGAAAGCACCUUGCCAGAGGGCAGGGCAAUCUACUUAAAUAAAAGCCACUCUCCUCCUGCACCACUUGCUCCCUUCAUCUCUGAAGAUGCCUCAGGGUAUCUGACCAGCCCCUGGCUGAGGCUCUUCAUCCCCUCGGUUUACACCUUUGUGUUUGUCGUCAGCCUUCCUCUGAACAUCCUGGCCAUCGCAGUGUUUGUCUUGAAGAUGAAGGUCAAAAAGCCGGCUGUGGUAUACAUGCUGCACCUGGCCAUGGCUGACGUGCUGUUCGUGUCCGUGCUCCCCCUGAAAAUCAGCUACUACUUUUCCGGCAGUGAUUGGCAGUUUGGGUCUGGGAUGUGUCGCUUCGCCACUGCAGCGUUUUAUUGUAACAUGUACGCCUCCAUCAUGCUCAUGACUGUCAUAAGCAUUGACCGGUUCCUGGCAGUCGUGUACCCCAUCCAGUCCCUGUCCUGGCGCACUCUGGGCAGAGCUAACUUCACUUGCCUGGUCAUUUGGGUGAUGGCCAUCAUGGGGGUGGUGCCUCUUCUCCUCAAGGAGCAGACCACCCGGGUUCCAGGGCUCAACAUCACCACCUGCCACGAUGUCCUCAAUGAGACCCUGCUGCAGGGCUUUUACUCCUACUACUUCUCGGCCUUCUCCGCUGUCUUCUUUCUUGUGCCAUUGAUCAUUUCCACGAUAUGCUACAUGUCCAUCAUUCGGUGUCUCAGCUCCUCCUCAGUUGCCAACCGCAGCAAGAAGUCCCGGGCUUUGUUCCUGUCCGCUGCUGUGUUCUGCGUCUUCAUCGUCUGCUUUGGACCCACCAACGUCCUCCUGAUCAUGCACUACCUGCUCCUGUCUGACAGCCCUGCCACAGAGAAGGCCUACUUCGCUUACCUCCUCUGCGUCUGUGUGAGCAGCGUGAGCUGCUGCAUCGAUCCCUUGAUUUACUACUACGCCUCCUCCGAGUGCCAGAGGCACCUCUACGGCAUCUUGUGCUGCAAAGAAAGCUCCGACCCCAACAGUUACAACAGCACCGGCCAGCUGAUGCCGAGUAAAAUGGAUACCUGCUCUAGUCACCUGAAUAACAGCAUAUACAAAAAGCUAUUAGCUUAGGGGAGGAUUGCUAGAAGGUCACAUAGAAAAGGUUGGAAAAGUGGACAGCCCGGGAUCCUGGCAAGAACUAUAUUUACUUCACAAGCCAUGACUGACUUGCAUGUCUACUUCUUAUAAGUGCUAUCAAGCAUAAUUAUCAGAAAGGUAAUGGGAACCAGAGAGAGAUUUCCAAUGUUGCCAGUGCUGCGAUAGCAACCGUCACUUCUUGUAUAUCUAGGUGACUUAAUUAUAUAGGUGGUGUGCGCACACAUAUUUGCAAUGCAGUAUGAAAUCAAUGCUUUGACACUUUCUUGUUUAUUCCCUAGCAAUUACUAUGGAAAUAAUUGGAUUCUCUGAGUUAUAAUAAACAAAGUCUGUUAACACUGAACAGCUGAAGGUAUCUAAUGAUAGGGAAGGAGUCCAUAGUUUAGACUUCACACAGCUUUUGCCCAUAUGUAUUUUUUUCAGUUAUUUGAUGGUAAUGUUUAAAGAAUAGAAGGGUGAAACAGUAUUAUCUGUAUAGGGGAAGAUCUAGUGCUUUUCAUCUUGAAUUACCAAAGCCGUUGGAAAGCCUAUUUUGAUAUGGGGUAUCAUUUUUGCAAUUUACAUACUGAAUACAUGGACCAAGACUGAGCAUAAAACUCACCAGGAUCAUAAGAAACCUUACAAAGCAGCCAAGGGGGCCUCUGACAGCAGAUGCAUACUUAACCAGCUGUGCCUCCCAGAGAGUGGUGAUGGGGACCACCAGGCCCACUCCUUCCUCCAAGGCUUCCCAUUAGCUAUGAGUUGACUGUAUCUGGAUUGAAGCUGGCAAGAUAGGAUAUGACAUCCAGGGAGGGAAUAGCCACAAAAGUCGUCUGCACAUCUGAGGAGCAGAGAAAGGUGUGUUUAUAUCCAGUAGCUGUCCUGCAAGGCUGGCUCUUGCACAGACACACCCAUGUGCCCUGGGCACUCUGGUGGAUACUGGGCCUGCAGACUGACCCACUGCAGGAGAUUAACUGAGUCUUGCCUUUACUCUAGCAAAGCAGAUAGCUGACAUGGCCAAUGUGAUGUAUACACUGCAAAUACACCAUUGUACAUAGAAGUGUGUUCAGCCACACAUCGCCAAGCAUAUUUCACAUAAGCAAGGCCUAACAGCUAAACAGCUUUGGAGAUCUGAGUUUCUGCAUCAGUAGCUGUAGGUUAGGAUAAAAACACAGUUUAAGAUGUAUAUUUUUAAGAAACAAACCCUUAAGUCUACAA